AUGGAGUGGCGUGGGUGCAAGUGGCAGGAGGAAGAGGUCCGGGGUCUAGGGUUUAGCAAGAAUAUUGAGGGGCGUGAAGCGGGGAUGCUGUAUGGCGUGGUGUCAGCAGCAAUAGCGCUGGAUGCAGUGAGGAGGGGCACGUGGGACAGCACAGCAAGGGCGUGUCUUCUUCCCUCUUUAACACUAACCUCUAUACCCUAUUCCCCCCCAACCUUCCCCAUCCAUUCGCCCCCCCAGGUGCUGGCAGGAAUAGCACUGGAUGCAGCGAGGAGGGGCGCGUGGGGCAGCAAGGGGGACUGGGGGAAGUGGCUGGCUGCAGGGCAGGGGGAGGAGGGGAAGGGAGAAUCAUCCAUUUCCCCCUCCCUCCGCACGCAAGCAUUUGACGCUGAUUGCCCGUGCUCUCUCUCGUGGCUCUCCCCCCUUUCUUUCCCACAGGCGUUGGCAGCAAUAGCACUGGAUACAGCGUUGGCAGCAAUAGCACUGGAUGCAGUGAGGAGGGGCGCAUGGGGGAGCAAGGGGGACUGGGGGAAGUGGCUGCAGGGCAGGGGGAGGGGAAAAGGGGAAGGUGGAGGAUCAUUCAUUAUCCCCUCUCGCAUGUCUCUCCCCCAUUCUCCCCAACAGGUGCUGGCAGCAAUAGCACUCGAUGCUUUGCUACAGCAGCACAGAGCGUUGCAGCAGCAGAGGGAGGAGAGGGAAGCAAAGAGGUCGUUUGCAGAGGAUCGGAUGAGGGAGAGCAACAAGAAGAUCAUGUGGCUGCUUCGCUGCACGCGCGCCCACUGCCGCUACAAGAAGGCGUUCACAUUCCCAUCAUUCAUGGAGGGUUGGGUCUGCACUGAUCAAAAUGCAGAGAGCAAGGUGGAGAAGGAAGAGGAUGAGAAGGCAGAUAGAGGGAAGGAAGCAGAGGGAGGGAAGGAGAAGAGGAAGGGGAAGGAGAAGGGGAAGGAGAAGGGGAAGGAGAAGGGGAAGGCGAAGGAGGGGAGGGAGAAGCUGAAGCUGGUGGGGAUGGACUGUGAGAUGUGUGAGACGUGGGAUGAUGAAGAACCCAUGGAGCUGACACGGGUCUCUGUGGUGGACGACAAGGGCAAGGUGCUGUUGGAUCGGCUGGUGCAGCCACAGAGGGAAGUCAAGUCGUAUGUGACUGAGAUCACCGGGUUGAAGGAGGAGGAUUUCAAGACGGUCCAAUACACGUGGGAGGACGCACAGCGUGACGUGGCGGCGCUGCUGACACCCAACACAGUGCUGGUGGGGCACCACGUGUCUGGUGACAUGGAUGUGCUGAAGAUAGACCAUCCAUUGGUCAUCGACACAUCGCUGCUCUUCCGCUACUCAUCAAAGGACUCCAAUAUGUCUACCGUUCAGCUACCCCUGGCUCUCGUUGCUCUGCGUGACAUGGGCUACAAGAUGCGGCAGGGCGACACGUCCCACCACGACAGUGUGGAGGACUCACUGGUUCCCGUCCGACUGGUUCAGAAGGCUGUUGCCUCUGACGCUCUCCUCCCCACGCCCAUCCAGCCGCUCUCCGCCAUUGUAAGUCCCACCCACCUGUGUCAAUCACACCACGAGAGUGUGGAAGACUCCUUGAUUCCCGUUCGGCUGGUCCAGACGGCCGUCGGCACUUCUGCACUGCUCCCCACGCCCAUCCAGCCGCUCUCCGCCAUUGUCAAGUCCCAACCACCACCUCACACUCUAUCAAUGCAUAUCGAACAUAAGCCUGAGAGAGGCCCAACCGCUGUGCUAUCCGAUUUCCCACCCGGGCACGGCUGUGCUAUCGAUCGAGUCCUAUCAGCCUUCCAAGUGAGGUGUUUGCCUGGCUCACUCGUUUCACUCCACUCCCCCUCACUCCCAACCGCUCCAUCUCACUCCUCUUGCCACACUCGUUUCACUCCACUCCCCCCUCACUCCCACUCACUUCACCUCGCUCCUCUUGCCUCACUCGUUUCACUCCAUUUUCCUUCCCUCACCCUCUCUCCUCCAACUCACUCCAUCUCACUCCUCUUGGCUCUCUCCUUUCACUCCCCUCCCUCUCACCCACUCCCCUCCCUACUCCACCCUCUCUCGCUGCUAGGUUGGCAAGUAGUUGAUGCGGGAGCUGACCAUUGCCACUCCACUCCAUCUCACCGCCUCUCACCCCUUCCCACCCGUUCUCACCCAUUCUCACUCCCUCUCAAUCCUCUCACUCGUUGCACUUCACCCUCUCUCCCUGCUAGCCUGCCACGUGGCACUACUCCAGAGAUGAUCCUUGCCUUGCUGGCGCAUUACGAGAGGAGGAGGAUGGAAGCGAAGAGAGGGGAGGAGGAAGAGAAGGGGACAAGCGAGGGGCAGGAGGGGCCGGAGGAGGGGGAAGGGAAGGGAAAGAAGGGGAAGAUGGUUAAGAAGGGGAAAAAGGGGGAGAGAGAGGGGGAGGGGAAGAAAAAAGGGGACGAGGAAGGGGAGAAAGAAAAGGAGAAUGAGGAGGAGGAUGAGACAAGAAUCUGGGUUCCGGGGCAGCAGAAGGAUGAGGAUGACAUGAUGCCAUGGGUUACGAAACCUCGACCCAGCGGCAGAGGUGAUGGUUGCUUCGCUCGUGUGCACUACCCCUUCCCUUCGUCCGCUCUCGCUCUCUUCCACUCUCUUCCAGGGGAGAUUGAAGCGGACCCCUGGGGGCGGUGGAAGAAGAAGGUUCCAGUACCAGAGCACCUGCAGAAGCACAUCUAUUAUAUCGAUUACCCCAGAGGUGCAGGCGGUAACAGCGGUAACCCUGUCUACCGGCCUGCGACAGAGGUGGUGGUGGCGUGUGGCGGCGAUGGUAACCGCAUGAUCCACGGGGUUGGGGCGAAGAUGCUCAGAGCCAUGGGGGAUCAACUGACGCUUGUGUGUGAGGAUGCUGAUGAUGUGUGGGAUGUGUUAGUAGGGAGGGAAGAGAAGGAUGGGGAGGAGGAGGAGGAGGAGGAGGAGGAGGAGGAGGAGGAGGAGGAGGAGGAGGAGGAGGAGGAGGAGGAGGAGGAGGAGGAGGAGGAGGAGGAGGAGGAGGUGAGGCAGCUGGAGGCAGGGCAGGAGGAGAAGCUGUUGGAGCAGACGCGGGUGAGAGAUGAGAUCAUGGCGAAGGCAAGAGCGGACAUGAAGGCCAAGUGGAAGCAGAUGCUUGCUAUGGAUGAGACCGACGAGCGCUUAGUUGAGAGUCUUUUAAGAAGUUAUUAUGAUGCGGUGGCUGCAGUGGAGAGGGCAAGAGGGGAGGGUGGGGGAGGGAAGGAAGGGGAAGGGGAGGUGGAGGUGGAGACGGAGGGGGUGGGGGAGGGGGAGGAGGAGGAGGAGGAGGAGGAGGAGGAGGAGGAGGAGGAGGAGGAGGAGGAGGAGGAGGAGGAGGAGGAAGAGGAGGAGGAAGAGGAGGAAGAGGAAGAAGAGGAGGAAGAGGAGGAAGAGGAAGAAGAGGAGGAGGAAGAGGAGGACGAAGAGGAGGAAGAAGAGGAAGACGAGGAGGGUGAGGAGCAGGAGGAAGGGGAGGAAGAGGAGGAAUAA